CAUCCUCUAAACAUAACCAAAAGACCAAAACAGCUAAAACAACAUGGAAGACUUCUGAGAGUCGGGCCCGGAUUUUAUAGAUUUAAAUUAUUUUUUUAUACAGUGUUUGUGUUUCUUUUUUAUUUUUUUCUAACUUUUUUCGCUUAGUUUCGAGUUCCGUUUUUGUUGAUUUGUUAACAAUUCACCCGUCGGCUCCCCUUCUCUCCACGGAUGGGAAAAUGAAAUGUUAUGAUAAUAUUCGAUUUACCGCUAGUUGGAGACGGGUAUAAUCUCGAGUGGCUUUAUUGCUUUUUAAACAAAUUCGUAAAGCUUUUGAAUUUGACAAUCAUAGUGAAUGAUGUUAGAUGAACGUGCAGGUCUGCGAUGUAUGGGGACGGCAGCGUCGAAAGUGGAAAUGGGCUGCGUCUGGUGAGUUGCACUUUGAGUGAGUUAUCAAACUGUUCCUGCCUUUUCGACUGCUCUGAGGAGAAGCAGUCGUCAAGCCAGAGGCGUAAAACAGGGGCCAAACCUGUUGUGUUUGAGCCUGCUGAUAUGCUGGCAGAGUUGUCCGCCAGAAAAGUACUUCUCAGUAGAGAGCCGACACUGAUAGACAGGUUGAUAUUCCAAAAUAAAACUGCCCUGAUGGCGCCCAGUAAGAAGAAAAAGGUGGAACCAGUCAAGGAGAAGACAAUAAACCCGAAAGGGGCUGUCAAAAGAAAGUUAGAACCCACAAAAAGUCAGCCACCUCCAAAACGGGCGAAGAGGGAUGAAAAUAAUCAGAAACCUAACAAAGCCGGGAAUAAAGUCCCUCCAUCGAAUAAGACCAAUAAGCAAUUAAAAAAAGUAAAAGGUAAACAGAGUGAAUCUGAGCCUUCAAAUCGUUCGACAAGGAUCAAUUCUAGCAAGGCAAAAGUUCCCAUUUUAUUAAGAAGUGGACGAAGUAUGACAGAUAUUUUAAAAAAGAAAAACCGUUUAAAAAAUUUCGUACAGUUAGGCCCUGUUGUCCGUCGUAAAAGAAAAAUUGAUUCUAACUCAAAUGUAUUUAAUGAGAAAAAUGAAGAUACAAAGAAAGAGAAACAAGAGAAGAAAACUGUAAAAGAAGAGGAGGAACAAAAUCCUAAAAAAGAAACAAAAUUGCAAGAAGAGAGAGUAGUUAGGAAAAAAAGAAGGAAGAGGUGUUCAAUGUGGCAUGUGAAAAAAAUUAAAAAGCCGCCAAAAAAAGAGGAGGAAGAGGAAGAUGAAGAUGCUGAGGAAGAGGAUGACGAAGCUGAGAGAGAUGCUGAAGAAAUGACAAUAGAACCAAAAUCGGAAAAAUGUGCUGAAUUCGUUGAUCUCCCACUAGUAGAGGAUGUUCAGCAGGUCGACAAAACUAAAAGAGUCGAUGAAGCUCAAAAUAAAUUAGAAGAAAUGUUACUUGAGACUGACACAGAAAAUGAAAAUUUAGAAAUGGAAACAGUGAAUGAACAACUCGAAUGUUUAGAGGAUUUAAACAAAGAAAUAGUCAAACCAGUUGAAAUAAAAAUAGAAAGUGAAAUAGUACAUAAAGAAGAAGAAGCACAGAUUAAAAAAAUAGAAGCAAUAAGUAAAGACAGUUCUUCUGAACAAAUGCAGGCUUCAGCAAAAGAUGAGGAAACAAUAGUGAGGAUGCAAGAAGAAGAAGAAUUAAAUAUUAUUACACCAAAUACAGAUAAAUGUGAGGAGGAUCCUGUAAUAGAAACACCAAAUAAAAAAUCAGAUGGAGAAAAUGAAGAAAUUGUGACCCCAAAGAAAGAAACUCUAGAUGCAGAUUCUACAUCAGAUGUGCCUCAUAAAGCAAACGAUUCGAUUAGCAAUUUAUCUCUAUUUAUCCCUGAUGAUGAGAUUGAACUUUUAAACCAAACAGAGCCUAGCAAUGAUGUAUUACCAGAUUCUACAAAGGCAUCCAUAGAAAAAGAGGAUGUUAAAGAAGUCGAAAAAAAUAAAUAUGAAGAGUGUAUUGAAAACGAGGAUAAUGAGAUAGAUGAAAAGCUCCUGGCAGAAGUUCAGACACAACUAGAACAACAAGAGUUGAAUAGAGCCAACAAACUCAACACUUUUGAAUUUUCUGAGGAAGAUCAACCACAAGAAGAAAUUCAAGAGGAACAAAGUGAGAAAACGGCUGAGGAUACCCAAGAUAACUGUGAAAAUGAAAAUGAAUCAAAGGUUGAAACCGUUGAAAUGACCAGCGAACAAAAACAGAUGAAGGAAUCUGUCCUCCAUGCCCUCGGUCUCAAAUCGUUGGACUCCGAGGAAAAGCCACAAAAACGCUCUGAAGGCUAUACUGGGACGUUGAAAGCCAUUAUCAAAUUAAACAGAUUUGGAGACAAGAAACAGAUGGUUUACAAAAGGGCCGAGGGUGGAAUUUCUUCAAAUGACAAACUUGAAUAUAAAAUAUGUUCAGAGGCUAUGAGUCAAGAGGAUCAGGAAGUCCAGAACAUAAAUCAGAACAAAAUGGGAUCAAACAGCAUUUAUCCUAAUAGUUUGCCAAGUUCGCCAGCAGAAGAUUUUGAUAACAAAGAAGAUAAGGGGAUAAGUGAAAAAGAAUCCCUCAUAAUCCCAGAGAAAAGUUCUUCAUUUUCAAUUCAUCCCGGUCGCCUAUGCUCAGAUGUGUGCAGUUAUUGCUUUGGCAAAUUCGGCUCUUUGGAUACACCUUGCCAUGUUGCCCAACUCAAAGGGGAAGAGAGGCAAAAGAAAAUAUUACAAAAUGAACCACACCUAACUGGUGAAUCUUGUCUUUGUGAUGCGUGUUAUCGUUAUGUGGACAGGAAGGCAAACUGUCCGUCUAAGUCAAUUCAAGGCAAUGGGAACAACGUCAAAUCCAAACUCUCCGCAUCGGCAGAAUGCUGUGUCACAGGUUGUACAGAGAAAGCGACUAGGACGAUGAAAAGAAAGUGGCUCAUCAAGUUGAAAAAAAGCAUUAAUCACAAGCUUGAGAUUGACACCGAUAAACCGGGCCAUGGUGUUUUCUAUCCUUUAUGCAUAAAUCAUCACAACUGGGUUGAAUAUCUUACGGUUUGCGGUAUCUGUCGGAGGAGGCUGAACAGAAACAACCUUUUCUCCCUUGGUCUAGAAACAGACAGAUUAAACUUGAUGCUUGCUGAAGACGGUAUACCAGCAAGACUCUCCGAUAAUCUGUUCCUAUGCAAGCUUUGUCGAUACUAUAGCGAUCUCCGUCUCAAAUAUACUGACACUGAAGCAAUCCCUCCUGAUAAAAAAGCCUUUUACAGGGAUUACCGGCGGAAGAUUUUACUAUCUCUUGAUAUUGCCUUGAGUGAGAGUGAUGAAGAUUCACUGGACGUUCAAAGAGGCAUGAGGGCUCAAGAGAGCACCUCAACAAAUGGUGAUGUUGAAAAUGAAAGUGAUGACAAAGGAAAGGAUGAAAUGAUGUCUUUACACGGUUUAGCUACACUUCUUGGUGAUCAACCUCAGCAACAAGCCCGAAUACAGGUGAAAUUUGGCAAUGUCAAUAUUGGAACUUUGAGCAAUUUGAAUAUCGGGCAACAGGGAAAUACUGCAGGUUCAAAGUUAAGUCCCAAGUCAGAUGGUUCAAAUUCACCCGCGCUUUCUGCCCAGCUAGAGUACCAAGGCUCAUCGACACCAGAUGGUUCAUGGGAGAGGUACACAUCAACGAUAAUGUUUGACAAGAAGACAAAGCAGUUGUGGACAGAACUGCAGAGGCCUUAUGGGAGCCAAUCAUCAUUCCUUCGUCACCUUGUUAUGCUGGAGAAAGUCUGGCGAGCCGGGUUCCUCGUCUUGAGGCCAGAUGCUGACGAGAGGGCAGUCAAGUACAUAACAUCCGCCAAAAAUCGGAUACAUGCUUUCGAAGGCACUCCAGUCCCUAAAAAAGAGCAGGAGAUUUCACAAGAGUCACAUGAACCGGUGGUGUCUACACCACUACCACAGGCUGCUCAGCAGCCACUUUCACAGUCUCAGCUGCAACAGCCCAAACCUCAAGUAGCCGUACAACCUCCAAAACCAACUUAUCCAGUAUUUCCAGCCACUGGAGAAAUUGAAGUAACAGAGAUUAAAAAUGAACACUUAAUUCCUUCACCAAAGUUGAAUACGGUUCAACAAAGUCGUCCUCCCCAAGUGACCAUCCAACACAGACCUCACAUGCAGCCACAGAUGAGGGUACCAAUGCAACAACACCAGAUGACUCAGCAACACCAGAUGACUCAGCAACACCAAAUGCCUCAGCAACACCCGAUGCCUGACAAAUUCCGUGAAAUGUACAUGAGGCAGCAAGCAAAGAAGAAAAUAUCUCCUUUAGACAGAGCUAAAUCACUUGUCCGCAUGGCCCCACCAAUCAGAUACCAACAGCAGCAGCAAUUCUACCAAUUGAACCAACAAAGACAUCAGCAGAGUAUGGUUAAUUAUAAUUCUAGCAUUUCCCAGCCACCUCCUCUCUUAAAACUUGGCCAGCAGUAUCGUAACAGGCCCAUUUUGCCAAAAUUACCCAAAGCCUUGACGGUUGUAUCAAUGCCGGCUUCUUCCUCUCAGUCACAUCCCUCACAUAACCCACCUCCAGCUAUCACUUUAAGACAUUCUGGCAUUACAAUCGAAAAGCAAGUCGCCCCUGUAAGACACCAUCUUCCCAUAGAAAAGCCGAGUAUCUCAGUUUUCAGGGAGCCAUCUACACAUCAACCCUGAUUUAUUUUUAUAAUUAUUAUUAAAAUGGAAGACGGAAUUAGGUAACUAUUUUGAAUUGAAUAUAAAUAGGUAUCGCCUUUAGUGAGACUGCAAAUGUUGAAAUUUGUUGAUUUUUGUUAAAAUAUUUCAAUGUUUUUUUCCUGUUCUUUUAUGUCAGUUGGAGUUCCUAAUGAGUUAUAAUUAUAAAAUACUACAGUUCAGUUUUUCCAUUUUAUAGUCUUUCAAAUUAUUGUAAGAGCACAUUAUUUAUUACCAAGUACAGUGGAAAUGUUUUGUUUUUCUUCUCAUUGCAUGCUAUUCAUAAAAUGAUUCAUGCAUUUUGAUGUGGUACAAAAUGAAAUUUAUCAAGAUCUGUUAUCAGAUGGCCAAACACAGAUCCAUUUUUCUAAUUGAGCAAAAUUAAAUUAAGCAUUUUGGGUAAUCUUACUUGUAUUUAAUGCAUAAGUAUGCACAUACGCACAUGCAAGUUACAGUUUUGAUAAUAAAAAUUACACAACGGAAAGUAUUGUUAAUUAUUGGCAAUAGACAAUAUUUUUUUACGGUGUUUUUAAAUAUGCACUAUUAGAUAGUUUGUCCUAGAUUGACAAUUUUACGAAUUGAAUUUUAGAAUAGCUUGCAUGCAUUGUAGGGACCAAAUUUGCGAAAUAUGCACUGUUUUUCAGAAAAAUAAAAUAAAGUAAAAUUAAAUGUAUUUUCAAAAUUCAAUUCCACUAAUACUCAAUAUGGUAGGUGUGGUUUACAAACUAUUUGUUUUUAACUGGUAAAAAAUUUAAAAAUGACAUUUUGUUUUUUCACUCAGCUGGCAUGAAAGAAAUAUAUAGGUUCUUCUAUUGUGGUUUUGUUAAUGGUGCUGUCACAUAUGAUUGGUUAGAUAGCAUUAUAUUUAAUUAUAUAUUAGAUUUAAUUUAAAAAAAAA